AUGCUUAACUUAAAGCAGUGGGUGUUAGUGGUGGCUUGCUUGUGCUUAGCUAUAUCCAUUGAAGCAAGACGAAAACUAAAGCGGGAUCAGGAAGAGAGCCUUAAGACAAUUGAAGAUCAAUACGACGAGGAUCUUGGUGAGAUUGAGCCAUGUCAGUGCGGUGUAUUCAUGUCGCAGCAGGUCGGGAUCAGGGAGGGCCGACGUGGGCGACCACGUGGUCCGCCGCAGGGCGAACCAGUGGUCACUUACGACACCGAUUCACCGAGCCUGCCCUGCGGCACUGGUGGCUUUAAACACUGCGUCAGCAAGUGCCUUGAUGUGAUACUGAAGUACCUUCCAAGAGCCGGAUCAGUGAUAUGCGGUGCAAUAGAACGUGAUGUUUACAGAGAGAAAGCUUUCCUGUUUAUUAAAAAUUGCGGCGGUGAUUGGUCACCGACCAAUUUCUCAGCUGGCAAGGAGUUCUGCUGUAAAGACGGAGAGCAUCAGAAGUGUUAA